GGAAAACCAGCUUCCAGGUUCAGUCGGGAAAAGCGGAAGGAAACGGUUGGAGUCCGGGAAAAGCGUGAGCAGUAUUCGGGUCAAAGUGCAUCUGAAACACCAAGAAAAGCACGGAAUGUACAUUGAAGCCCCUUGAUUGAAGUUAGUGUUAAAAAUCUUUACAUCAAUGGCAAGAUUCUUAAAAUACUUCACUGCUGUGGGUGAUGACUAUCAGAAGUGGCAAGAAGAAAAUGCUUGCGACGAAGAUGCUGAUGAAGAAAAAAAUCUUUCUUCUAAAUUCAGUUCUUUCAGGGAUGCUCUCAAGUGGUUAUUUAAUUCAAACAAGUUCCAGAUUGCCAUUGUGUGUUUAGUCAUUCUGGAUGCUCUGUUCGUGCUUUGUGAAUUGCUAAUGGAUUUAUCCAUCGUUGAGGCAGACGAGGAGAAAAUAGCCCCCCAGGUGUUUCACUAUCUGAGCAUUACCAUUUUGGCUUUUUUUAUUCUGGAGUUAGCUGGUAAAUUAUAUGCCUUCCGCUUAGAAUUUUUCUGGCACAAAUUUGAAGUUCUGGAUGGAGUCAUUGUAGUUGUAUCAUUCAUUCUUGAUAUCGUCUACAUUUCCCGGGAAGAUGCUUUUGACGGUGUGGGCUUGCUCAUACUACUAAGACUGUGGAGAGUGGCAAGAAUAAUAAAUGGAAUCCUUCUGACUAUGAAGGCACGUCAACAGAAGAAGGAAAGUGAAUUGAAACAUGCUAACAGCAAUCUCAGACAAAGAGUGGGUGAGCUCCAGAACGAGUGCACUGAACUGACACAAGAAGUUGAGAGACUUCGUAGAUUGCUUCAGGAGCACAGAAUAAACUACCAGAUCAACUAAGAAAUUUCUUUAAAUGUAUAUUAAAUGAAGACUGAAUUAAGAACAGUAGAUGAAAUAACUUUUGUAACUGUAUCUUGCAGACUAUCAACUGAGACUUUCCAGUUUUCCAAGAAAACAAAAUGACCAAAAAAUGUUAAUUAACCUUGUAUUUCAAAAUAAACCAAAGAUUUAACGAC